GGAAAUUAGAGAAAAGAUGAUGGAGGUGGGUCAAGCACUAACUUGGAAUUCUGGACGGAAAACGAAAAAAGGAAGACCAAAGAACACAUUGCAUCUGGAACUAGAGCAGACAUAAAAAGAAUGAAUAGCACUUGUGAACAACUGGAAGGUUGAGCCUAGAACAGUUUUAGUUGGAGAAUGCUGGUGGGGGGCCUAUACUCCUCCACGAGGGACAACAGGCGUAAGUAAGUUAGCAAGUAUUGAAAAGUAAAAUUAAUCUGUUUUUUACUGACACUUCGCUAUCGAAUGUCAAUAACUUUAACAAUUUAAUGGUGAACUAAACUCAACAAAACAUCAGAGCGUAAAUAAUAGUAACCCAGUCACAGUUCUUCUGAAUGAAGUAAUUUUGCGUUAUUGGGUGAAUUCGUUGAUAAUGAUAACAGACAGGUGCAGAUUACUUGGUUCAAUAAAUGUAUGAACUCCAAAAAACAGUAUGUGUUAAUAUAAUGAAAAUGUUCACUCAUCAUAUUUGUGUUGACACUGUGUUAAAUUGAGGUUGAGAGGUGGUAGAGCUAGAUAAGAUUUUCUCUUAACCCUUUAUUCCUAUUCAAACAAUUCGAAUUCCAUUUUAUGUGAAAUAUUUCUGUUAUGGGACUCUACUUUCUGUAAAAGGUAGAUGAUUAAAUCAUUAUUAUGGUAUCUAUUUAUUAGUGUAAAUUUAGUUGGUGAAUUAGCCAUCAACCGGACAAUUUAUACAGCCCAACUUGCCAUUAUUGAAAAGACAAGGUCUGUAUUUCACCAAAAGCCCAAACAACACGUAAGCGAUUGUGUCACAUCCCAUUGUGUCUAUCAAUUUACAUGUAUAUGUGGUAACACUUACAUAGGGAGGAGAAAUCGUGAUUUGCAAUUAAGGGUGGGUGAACACAUACCAAAACGGUUGCAGAAACAAAUGGAUUCCAAUGGUCAAAUAAGAUAACAGGAUAGACAGACAUCGUCCUCCAUUGCGAAACAUUUGAUUGAGACUGGUCAUAAGGUUGAUAUCACGUCAGCAUUUGUAGUUUCAUACAAAAGCCUUCAAGGACGUAUACUAAGGUUUAUUUAAGCGUUGACUAUACGGAAACCGAAACCUCCUUUAUACGUUCAAAAACAAUUUGUCCUUAACCUUAACACUUACCUUGGCAAUACUGAUUUAUUAUCCAGAGUGGUUAUCACAUUGCUUUUGUGUACUUUAUUAUUUUUUUCUUUGUCACGGCUUACCUUUAACCUGUCUAGUUGACCUUUUAAUUUUCAUAUAAAAAUAUCUUAACAAGUAUAUGUGUAAUCAGUUUGCUCGAAAUGUAUAGCGCAAAUAUAUUACAUAAUUCUGAUAAACUUCGUCUUCUCACUGCGUUAUCGAAAUUUAGUAUGCAUAGUUAAUUGAUUAGAAACAAAUUAAAAAUUUUUGAUUGAG